UCCAUUUCUCGCACGUUUUUCGUUGUAACAUAUAAUAUUUUUUAAGCAAUCUAGUACAAGACUCUGGGAUUGUGAGCUAAAUUUAUGCAAGAUGCCCUAUCUAUAUGGCAUAGCGGACACCAAGUUCCUCCACCAGAAGAGGAAAAAGGCCAAGAUUCGUUCGGAUAUGGCAUCCACCAAGUUCCAACGGAAUGAGUUCCUCAAGGGCUGUCCCAAGUACGAUAAGGACGAUGUACCCAUACAGUUUAGGACCACACCCGACUCCCUUGUAGAGCUGUGCAUCAUUGUGGUGGACAAGCUGCCGUUGCCUUCGAUCUUCGAGUGGGAUGACAUGGACAUCAGGCGGUGGAUCAAUGGCCACGGUUAUCCUCAGUAUAUGAACACAUUUCGGGUGAACAUGAUCACAGGUCGAAAGCUGCUGCUCCUGGACGCCUCCGCUCUGAGUGCGAUGAACAUCAAGGACUUCGAACACAUCCGGCACAUAGCCUAUGGCAUCCGCAUGCUCUUCCACUUCGAACUGACCAAGUUCUCAACCAGCAUCACGCUGCCGGACGAGAAGCCCAAUGAGCUGUACAUGCUCUUCCACACGCAGACCGGAUUGAACUACGACGAGGUGCGCCGGAGUGAUCUGUACCGGCGGAUGCAGAUCCUACGGGAGCGGGCCCGCAACCUGGACCACUGGGAUCAGCUAUACCUGUGGCUGCGCCGCGAGCAGGAGCACAAGUACACGGAACUCAUCGGAUUGGUGCCGCGCUUCAAGAUGUACAAGUGCGAGGCGGUGGCCAAGCCUCCGGCGGAAUCGCCACUGGACCUGGAACCCGAGGAUAUGAUGUGCAUGACCUGCAUACCGCCGUGCGACUGCGACUGGACCUCAAGGGAUCUCCGGCUGCCGUGGCGACUGGACUGUCUGCCGCCGAUGCUGGAGACCACCAUGAGCAAGUGGAACGCCAUGCAGGCGCAGUGCUCCACCUGCAUACCGCCGUGCGAGUGCCGCUGGCCACCACGGUUCUAUCUCACGGGCACCGUCAUCCGGUGCCUGCAGCAGCGCUUCCCGGAGAAGUUCUGCCCCAUCUUCGACGAGCGGUACAGGGCCUCGCCGCGACCCAGUCUCGUGGAGCGCUGGACUCGCUUCUCCAUUUGAUACGGAACUUUCACAACCUGUUUAUUUCUUAGAUAUAGAUUCCACGUUUAAGCUCCGUAAA